AGGAAAACAGACCGCCUUCUUCUCCAUUCCAAAUCCAUUCCAAUCAUCUUCACCAAAAAAAUCUUGAGUCCUUUUUAUCAAGAACUGAAGAAUCGUGUACAUGAUAAACUUUAAGAGAAGUAGAGAACAAUAGUAACUCGGAAAUCCCUAAAACUAAAAACUACAGUCUACCAGAAAGCUGCAAAAGUUCCGACGAAAUCCGAUUACCCAACGACAGUCAGAAACUUCAUUUUUCGGUCGACAACAAAUGCUUCAAUUGGUUUAUUAAGCAACGGACCUUCGACCGGUUGCCGGAAACGCCAGAUGUUGAGGAAUCGAUCUGGCUGUUGAGCUAAUUCAGUUCUAGCAAUAUCAUAUGUAUGCAUCCUGUCUUAAUUUAUGUCUGCCGAAUCUUAUGUGCUGGGAUUUAUCAUUUAUAAUUGAGGGUGAGCCGGUUGGGCCAUUUUGAUGGGAAGGGAUAGAUGUGGGAAGAGAAUAAUUUGCCAUCUCAAGUUGGUGAAAAAUUCUGCCUAACCAACCAUGAAAAAUGGUAUAUUUACAAUGUGAAGGAGUAUGAAGUUCAGAAACAAUAUUCUGUCACGUGCAACUUGAAGUUCGUUUGAGAAUUUAUUUUCUUGAGAACGUGUACGUGAUUAACUAUGAUUUCUAUUGAAAAAAUAUGUUGGAAAAUUUUGAUUUUAGUAGUUUGAUUACUAAUUUUACGUCUCAAAAUGUGAGAAGGUUUAAUCUUAUGCUUGCCGAAUCUUUCGGGUUUUGAGAGAAGUUUUAUUUUGCUAUUUUUUUGUUUUGAAUUGUAUAAAGUUUUCUUUGGGCCCCAUAAUAAUUAAAUGCCUAGGCCUCUAAAUUCUCAGGGUCGGCCCUGGCAGCAACUUUAGGAAAACAUUCGUGUAUAUUUAAGAAAUCAAAAACCUCUAUUUUUUGUACAGAAUAUGUUUGAUUACUUUUUAUUUCAAUGUGAUUUCUCUUACGAAGUUUGUAACUAAGAAUGCCAUCAAUUUAUACCUUUUACCGAUCACAAUAUUUAAGAAGAUAAAUCUGCAGGUGAACAAGUUGCUGAGAAUUGUUGAGUGUUGACCUGAUGAUCCUUUUGAGACCUUUAACCAUUGCAAUGGUAUUCGAUAAUGCUAAAUUUGAUUAGAGCAGUCACUCCAGUUACUUUAAUAGUGGUGAUAAUUAAGAUGGAGUUUCAAUUCUGGGUACUGUGGUCUAUCACCGUAGGUACUGGGUAGAAAUUAGAAUGUCUGCUAUGUCCACAAUACACUAGACUACCAUUUUUUUCCAAAUCUUACCAACACCUACCCCCAAUUUCAACGAAUAACAAAAACAAAAGAAGCAUUUUCCUUAUGAAAUUCGGAAUGGCUAUGUGAAUCUUUUUUUUUUCUUUUUUAUAAUUCUAUUCUAUUUAUUGCUAUAUUUAUUCGAUAAUCCCAAUAAACUAGAUCUACAUUAAUUCUUAUAAUUUGAUCUAUUCGUUCUUUGUAUGAUAUAAUAUAGUGAGACGACAAUCCUAAGAAUGAUAUUUUCUUUAAGUCUAUGAAGGGCGUGACUCAAUUAUAUAAGUUGUCUUUUCCUUGAUUUAUUUUUAAGCAUUGCGACUAGGUGGUUGAAUUAAAUUCCUAGAAUUUGUGCAUUGUAACAAGCUCUAUAAUGUGUAGGAAUCUUAGUUGUGAGUUCACUCCUCUCAUUUUAUACUAAUAGGUAAUUUUCAUGGAACAAUAAACUGUUUGAAAAUCCGGUGAACAAGAGUUUGAAUGGGAGCAAAGGCCAAAGAGAGAGGUCUCCAAUAGAGCAUUAUUUAGGAAUUUGAACCAAUGAAAACACUGAAAAGCUACUCACCUAGUCACCUAUUUUGCAUGCAUAAUACAAUUUUAUUUUUUUAUUUUUUUGGAGGGGGCCUACUCUAUGAAGUUUACCUCGGGCCACCAAAAUCACAGAACUGGCACUGAUUGUGGAUCAAUGGAAGGCAAUAAAGAAUCAAAAGAAGAAGAAGAAGAAGAGUAUGUUUUGAUUGAUCUGGAUGGCGUUGCUGACAUUCACAUUCCUCCGAAUGCACCUUACGUUCUCUCUGGUCUGGACACACUCAACCCAAUUCUGAUUAUCGAUGACAAAAUUAAGCUGAUAGGAGAAUAUGAAGAAACAAUUGGUACUUGCCUUGUUUUCAAUGAAACUGAUGCUGCUCCUGUUGUUCAUGAAGAGACUGGGUCAUCUGAGGCCAACCUUUUUGCAGGAAAAUUCAUUGCAGACCCAAAAUCCCCUGGCAAGCAAGUCAAUCCAAUUGCUCGUCUUCAUAAGGUUCUCAAGUUCAGACAAUUUUCAGAAGCUGUUAUUGAAGAUGCAACAGACAAUCAGGCAAAUAAGCCGUCUUGAAGCACUAACUACAGUUUUAACAGUAUGAUCAUCGAUCUUAUCAAAAACUCCUCAAAAGACAAUCAAGGCUCAAGCAAGGAAUAUGACAAUUAAAGGAAGUUGUUAAUAGAAGAACAAUGGGAGGGUUAGAUGUUGAGAAUUUUCUCUUGAUGACCAUAUUUAUCACCACAUUUCCAUGUAAAAAUUGCUAACAACAUUGAGGAACAGGGCCGGUAAAACUGAUCGAAGUAGUGCAGAUUUGAAUGUGAACCAUUUACUGGUGAAAUUUAUGAUGUGUUAUCUUUGGAAUUUUGAACUUCGGUUACUGAUGAUGGCUUGUGGCUAGUUCGCUGAAUA